AGGAAGGAUCUGAUGACAGCACUGCAGAGAGAGCAGAGAAAAGACCACCGGCUAUGGCCAGCGCAGCUGAUGGUGUAGGAAGUCUGGGUGCUGAGCAGAACCACCUGAGCGUCCCGGUGGCCGAUCAUGGAGCCUGGGCCACGGCCAUGAACAACCUGGGCAUCAUGCCGGUGGGCAUCAGCGGGCAGCAGCUGGUCUCAGACUCUCUGUGCAUCCAGAGGUUCGACCCCGGCCUCGGCCUCAUCGCCCCCAUCAACCCCAUGAUGGCGGGAAUCAGCCUGGUUCCUCCGCCCCCCGUUCCCUCCGACCUGCCCGUCAUCAAGGAGAUCAUCCACUGCAAGAGCUGCACCCUGUUCCCCCAGAACCCCAAUCUGCCUCCUCCGUCGACACGCGAGCGUCCUCCCGGUUGCAAGACGGUGUUUGUCGGAGGUUUGCCGGAGAACGCCACCGAGGAGAUCAUCCGGGAGGUGUUCGACCAGUGCGGGGAGAUCAUCGCCAUCCGCAAGAGCAAGAAGAACUUCUGCCACAUCCGCUUCAGCGAGGAGUUCAUGGUGGACAAGGCGAUCUACCUGUCAGGGUAUCGGAUGCGAAUCGGCUCCAGCACCGACAAGAAGGACUCGGGGAGGAUCCACGUGGACUUCGCUCAGGCCAGAGACGACCUGUACGAGUGGGAGUGCAAGCAGCGGCUGCUGGCCAGGGAGGAAAGACACCGACGCAAGAUCCACGAGGACCGACUGCGGCCGCCGUCUCCUCCUCCCAUCGUGCACUACUCGGAGCACGAGGCGGCGCUGCUGGCCGACAGACUGAAAGACGACCACAAGUUCAGCGAGGCCACGGCGGUGCUGUUCACCUGGAUCGACCGCGGCGAGGUCAACCGCCGCACCGCCAACCACUUCUACUCCAUGAUCCAGUCGGCCAACAGCCACGUCCGGCGGCUGAUGAGCGAGAAGGCUCAGCACGAGGAGGAGAUGGAGCGAGCCAAGGAGAUCUUCAAGAAUGCCCUGCUGGCCAUCCUAACACAGUUCGAGCAGAUCACCGCCGUUUUCACCGCCGCCACCAGGCAAAAGGCAUGGGACCAUUUCUCAAAAGCACAGCGCAAGAACAUAGACAUUUGGCGCAAGCAGUGUGAGGAGCUGAGGAACGCCCACAGCGAGGAGAUCAUGGGCAUCCGGCGGGAGGAGGAGAUGGAGAUGUCGGACGACGACUCGGACGAAAGCCCCUGCAAGAGGAUGCGCACCGAGGAAAACGGAGUGUGCGACCAGACUCAGGCCUCCCUGAAGGAGGAGAACGACUCCUUGCGUUGGCAGCUGGACGCCUACAGGAACGAGGUGGAGCUGCUGAGGAAGGAGACGAGAGGAUCCGGCCGCCCGGACGAAGACCACAACCCGGCCCACGGCCACAGUCCGGAGGCUCAGAUCCAGCUGCUGCAGCAGAACAUGCACAACAUGCAGCAGCAACUCCUGAGUCUGCAGGAGAAGCUGACGAGCAAAGAAGCCGAGCUGGAGCAGGCGCGAGAGGAGCAUCGCUACCUGGAGGGGGAGGUCCUGACCCUCCGAGACAAGGGAAUCAACGGAUGUGUUCCUUCACUUUACCACAGCAGAGACAGAAGAAGUGAACUCAUCAUGAGAGGAGGAGUGGCAUCCGAAAAAGAAGCUCUUCUUCUGGGCAUUAUAUCCACCUUCCUCCACGUCCAUCCGUUUGGGGCCAACCUCGAGUACCUGUGGUCGUACAUACAGAGACUGGACUCGAAGGUGUCUGCAGGUGAGCUGGAGCGCCUCAUGGUCCGACUGCCCACCAUGUUCAGGCAGGAGCUGAGCGGCGUCGGCGCCACUCUGGAGAAACGCUGGAAGUUCUGCGGAUUCGACAGCCUCAGCUCGGCGUGACGCAGGGACAACGCACACACACACUGGGAAGACACACCGACGUGAACACGCGACGCCUCCGGGCUGCAAUCGACAAAUGUGUGUGCGCUCCAUCCUCACACGUUCAGCAGUGCGAUGAUGCUCACUCAAGCGGACACUGGAAGCUUUGGAAGAUGCUCAGAAUCCCAAAACCUCGAGACGUUUGGGUUCAGGUGAAAACUUUACUUCACGGCGAACUGCAGCCGCACGGACAGAAAACUGUUCAUCAGCCCUGAAGACGCUCCGUCUGUCUCUGCCUGGAACUGGUCCUCGCUUGUCUCGUUUGUUGGCCGAGCCCGGAGCCUGAAGCGCCCAGCAGCAAACCCACUCAGCAGAAAGAGAGAUUUAUACCAAAGUUGAUCCGUUAGAGAUUUCAUGCCAAACCUCAUUUCGUUCGCUGGAGCCGAAACUGUUGGUUUAAAGGAGGUUCUGCCGGGCUUCCGUUGGCAUGGUGGGACCACAGAUAGAUCACUUCCUUUAAUGAGAUUUGGGUAAAGGGUUUGCACACCAACUCUACAUCGGUCAUCUGGGGAUGUCCUGAACCCUGAGCUCAUGAUCGGGGCGCGAUCGGCAUUGACAAAAAACCUAAUCCCCGUCCUUUGUUUACAUCUGUGUCACUCAAGUGAUGCAAAUUUGAAUCUUUUGUCCAAAAAUGCAGCAAUAUCAAUCAGUGACUGAUUGAUUUAGAACAUAUAUUGAGGCCUUGUGCUGAUUUUGCUGUUUUAAGUCACUGACACAUUAUAGAGGCGGCAAAGGUUAAGAUUAAGGCUGAGAAUGUUGUCCUAGGUAAUCCCGGAUUGAGUUAACGUAUCGGUCAUUUAGCAUCACGGAAGACUUUGUCAUGGUGCCCCUUUACGAGCUAAACCCCCCACAAGGCGCUGCAACACGUCGUCUUGCUUGCUGGCUGCAGCAACACUAUCACCCUGCUGUAGGGGUAAAAGAACAGUCCGGCUUGUUUGAAGUUCUUUAAACGAAUCAUAGAUGUUGUCAGCGGUUUCCAUUCCAUAAAUUCCAAAACGUGAAAUAUUUAGUGUGGUAGGCUGUUGAAAGGAGGUUGUUCUUGUUUCCCAUUGUGAAGAUAAUAACACACAGAAAGCAGAAGAGAACGACAAAGACACCUGAAAUGAGCAGCGAAUGGCAGAUUUCUACAUUCUACACCCAGUAAGCCAGACUAGUCCCAGUUUAGUUUAACACAUACACACUGGGCAGGUUCCCCCUUUUAACAGCUAAACCCCCACAAUGCUCUCGACUUGCCAACAUGAAACUGCCUUCCUCCUCCAGGUCGCUAUAGUGUCAAACAGACAGAGGCUACACCUGGUGGUGCAACCAGGUACUACAGCUGAUCGACAAUACUUGAAGUGUGUAUAGUCUUGGCAAAUGGUAUCAAAUUGGGAUUCAGAUACUAAAUAUUAAAAGCCUCAGAUUUGCAAAUAAACUUGAUCGAGAUAUCUCUGCUGUUAUCCGACGCAAACAUACUCAGAAACCAUCAUGUUUUGCACAUCAGACCCAUUUGAGCCCAAAUUUUCAGUCCUUGCAUUGACUUUGUUACAAGUGCAAGAAUGCAAGGAGUGUUUAUGUGUGAAAAAACAGAUUCUGACCUACUGACCUCCAAGCAGAACAAUACCAACAAUUAGGAGAAUAAUCAAGACUAAGCAUGAUAAUAGAUCAGUCUUGGUACCACCACACCCGGUCGUCCCACACCGAAAACCGUUUACUAGGUAGUAGUAGGAAUGUAGUUACAUAAACGUACUCAAGUGGUCCUCAUGAUGAGCACCAAUCAGACACAGCAGUAAAACCAUCGACAGGUGAGGUGAAUAACAUUGAUCAUCUUAUUGCAGUCCAACGAUCUGCUGGGAAACCUUUGGUCCUGGUAUCAGAGUUCUACAUGUCUUGGCCCGCUACGCUGUCUUUCAAGCUGCGUGUUUGGAAAAUUUGAUAGAUUUUCUAGUAAAACGUGAAAAUUUUCUUAAGAAACUUGUUUCUCUACCGACGUCUUCGCUGCUAACGGGUAGCGUACGGUUUGUUUUGACAGAAACAACCAUGUGCACAUCGUGAUAUGAGAUUGCUUAGGAAAGAACAGAGGUCGUAUGUAGGCUAGUAUAUUUCUCCAGACUCAUGCUACCAUGUCAGUCAGUAUCGGAUUGCCAGAGCCCUGGGUAUUCAUGUGGAUGUUACUUUAACCCACAAACCAAACAUCGUUUCCCUUCCCCCAGCAGGACAGUACAACCUGCCACGCUGCAAAAUAAAAACUGCUCAGGAACAGCUCCAGCAACACAGAUGAAAUCCAUUUCUUACUUCAGAGUGUCUGAGCCUCCCCUGCUCCUGAACCCCGGCGUGUGACGGGUGACAGUUACUGAGUUGGUGUGUAAACACAAUCCACCUAAACAUGAGACCAUAUUCAUUUCUUACUGCCAGACAUCAUCGGAUUUAAAAAUGAGAAAAUAAAUAAUGCAGGGAAACUGCUCCAGGGUUUGAAAUAAUCUGAGCGACUAGGUGUGAAAACACUCCAGGCCUGUUUGAGAUCUUGGACGCUGGAAACUGGAGGACGGAGGUGGAAGAGGACGAUAUUUUGGGGAAACACUGCACGAAGUUGACGGAAGCAAAGAAGGAAAAAAAAAGAAAAGUUAUGUUCAGUGACAGGAUGAUGUGAAAGAGCGGGAGAGGAGCGAAUUCAGUCAUUCUGCUUAAUUUAUUUCAUUAUACUGUAUUAAGAAACUGUUCACUGAAGGCAGCGGACCGAAGUGUCUCACUGCCACGAGUUACGUAUUGUAAUUAAACAUGACGACAGGAAAAACGCUCCAGACUGUUUGUACAUCUCAGAGUUGGUAACAGUAGAGUUCAGCGUCAGGAGGAAGGUGAGCAGUGUGACAGACGGAGGAGGAGGAGGAGGAAGAGGGGAGGUCACGCACUCGUCUUCGUUUUUAGUGUUUCUAAAGACCACAGUGCUGUAUAUGUAUUAGAAAUGAUAACUAAGUGAUUUUGUAUUGCACUUCCAUAAAAGUGAGGGGACUCUUGUUCUUUCGUUAUUUAAAUGUCCCCUCCAGAUGUGUUUUAAGACAUAUAAAAAUAUUCUGCUUUGCUUAAUAAAUUGUGUCUGAUAUAUUAUUUUCCACUAAAAGCUGAAUGAAACACUCUCCUUUUCCUUUGGAAUGAAAAGUUUUGUUGCUGAGACGUCUCCAGUUCAGUGUAUUUGUGCUGCAGGUUCGAGUUUCCACGUCACAUUUCUCCAAGCUGCAAACUGAACUACAACUGUUGGUGCUUUGAACUCAGAUUGAAGGUGUGCAAAGAGAACCGUUCCCCGCAGGAAACUGUGAAAACACCAUGUUACAUGCAAACAGUGCAAUUAUGGCCCUUUUUUUUGAAAAGCA